UUUUCAAGUUUGUUGCCUUCCAUUGUUUUACGGUAGUACAUUUUUAUAACCUACAUGAAAAUUUAUUACAUGUACGUGUGUAUUGUUUUUGGUCUGUGCGUGUGUAUGUGUUUCUGUAUAUAAUAUAGUUGUGGUCAGGGUAACUUAUAAGAAGGCCUUAUGGAUUGUGAUGAUAUUUGGGCCCCCUGCUGACUAACUUUGGUACUGCAGCAGAACUUCCGGUUUUGGUUUCUUUUGCCCUGUACAUGCUAUGGUCUUGAUCUUUUGAUGGCUGAUAGCUUUUCAUGUCAGGAACAAUUUGUUGACAACACAAUGUACCCAGUGAACCAGUCGACUCCGGAUCCUGUCCGCUCGACUCGGCGCUCUAGAUAUGUGGUCGGCGGUGCGAGAGGACUCGGAGCGUGUCAUAUUGUCUUUGGGAGUCUCCUCUUAACAUUCGGCAUCGCGGGGAUGGUCAUCAAUACAGCAGCCUACUUCGCAGGAACCCCGAUAUGGACUGGUCUUAUGUACUUGGUGACGGGAAUUUUGGGAGUUGUGUCCAGCCACAGGCACACCAAGUGUACCGUGGUUGGGUUCCUGGUAAUGUCUUGUGUCUGUCUCCUGAUGGUCCUGUCUGGUAUCACGUCAGCCAGCGCCGCCAUCAGUGGUGAGCCUUGGAACCAUUGGCCAGGGCCUGUAGGCUGUUGGUAUGAUUGGGACGAAGAACGGAAUGUCUGCAACCAUCUUAAUCUGGUUAGGUCCCUGGUGGAUGCUGUUGUCCUCCUGUGUACCCUUGUGGAGCUGGGCCUGUGCAUCGCUUCUGUAACUGUCACUGCCUACACACUGACCAAUGGGUGCUGUGCUUGCUGUGCGAAAGGGAACACCCAACAACCCUACCAGGUGAUUUUACUAUGUUAUGUCAGACUGUGCAUUUAUGACAGGAAAUUCGAACUAUCCACUAUUCAGACUGUCCACACACAGCUAACAUGACUGUCCUUGGUGCUGAACACCUUCCACACACAAACAUGCCUAUAUUGUGUGUGGAAUAUGCCUGUAUUGUAUAGACAGGAUAACUGCCCUUCAGUAUAACACACCAGCUUCACAGGCACGCAGCAUGGCAGCAGCUAUUAUACCGAGUGUAGGCCCAAUCUUUGCACAUCUAACUGUAGGAGUUGUUUAAAGCUUUCUAGUGAUGA